UCAAACGUACACGUUUUAACCUAGUUUUCCUCGAGGAAUAUAAUAAAUAUUCGAAGAAGAAUUUUCCGAUGAAGAGAAGAGAGAUUUAUGGAAGACAACGGACAAAUUGUUUGUCACCUUACGAAGAUCUUUCUCUUGUUCUCGGUUUAAGGAAACUGAUCGAACUCUAAAGGUAGGAGAAAAAGAAGAAGAAGAAGCAGAUGAAAAGGAAGAUGAUGAUAGGUAAACUACACUCGAUCCUCUUGACGUCCUUCGUCUUAGUCGAAAUCAUCCUAAGUUUCACGAUUGUUGUAAGCGAAGCUACUACUACGAUCGAAGUAAAUUGUGGAAGAUGCUGCAUUUUAGAAUCGAAAGAAAAAGAAGAUAGAGAAAGGGAUACGAGAUGGUGUACCACUUCACACGACGACUACGACGGCAAUGCAAAUCGCACUCUCUCGUUUAUCGAAGAUAAUUCCGAAACGACGAGUACCACGGUGGACUCAUGGGUAUGCUUCGAUGCUUGUUUCGAGUAUCGGCCAAACAAUAGUUUUGUCAUUCUCCAAAGGUUUCCCAAUCGCAACGAAUCUUUUAACGUUAGCUCAAUGAUACCGGGAAUAAUCGAAAACAAUAAUGAAAAUUUAUGCCAAGUUAUUAAUGAGAAAAAUGAAAAUAAACGAAACGAUACCGAUAAUAAAGAUAUCGGAAAAACUUGUCAAAGUAUUUUAACACCUUUGAGCUAUUGGGGUGCCAACAUGGUUGUAUUCGCUAACGUGAUCUACAUCAUACCGUAUCUUAUCGUUGUCUUGAUUUAUUCUACAGUAUCCGGGCUACGUAAACGAGCUUACGACAGGGCCGUACUCUGUUACAACAUUUUCCAAAUCGUCUUAAACUCUAUACUGAUCGCCAUAGGGUUGUCCUUACUCUGUCGUGUCAGCCUGCAUUUCUCGGUGUAUACCCUGUCCUGCUUGGCCCUGAUGUUUCUAUCGAUAUCUUCCACAGUCUGGCUCUUCGUCAUUUGCAUCGACAUGACCCUGGUCAUCACCAGAUUCCGUUGGACGCCACCAUCCGAUCCCAAACAGUACAGGACUCAAGAAAGACGAAAGUUCUUGAUAUACUCUGCUUGGGUUUGGGGUAUUUCCUUCGUACCCACGGCUAUUGCUUCCAUCGUUGAACUAUCACCGUUAGUACCAAAUAGUUCACCAUUCAAACCGAAUUUUCAUAACUUUUCUAACGGUCCAAAUAUUGCUGUUAUUGUAUACGUCGCUACUAUACCUAUUAUUAUUUGUCUUAUGAACAGCAUGCUAUUCGUUUAUACCACUUACAAGAUAAUCACAAUAAGAAAGUCAACUGCUAUCGCUAGUAAUACCACAACGAAGGCAAAUGAAUCCUAUUUUAUGUUUCUCAAACUUUACUUUCUGAUGGAUGCACCAUGGAUUACCAGUGCUCUUGGUGCCAUUUAUACCGAAUUAUGGUUGCUUAAGUUUUUUCGAAUGAUUCAACCGAUCUUGAUGCUGAUCGUUAUCCUGCCAAAAAAUUCCAUUAAGAAUAGUUUUCGUAGGUGUUAUCUUUUUAAAUCAAAAUCUAUUACCGUUGACGAGGAAAAUGUGGAAGUUAAGAAGUGUUGUUUUUCUUGUUUUGUAAAAUAA